AUGUUUGGCGAUGUUCAUCCGUGGAUGAUUCCCAUCACUUUUUUCUACCUGAUCAUAAUUCCCAUUGGAAUUUCCGGGAAUUUUAUCAUGGUUUUGUGCUAUUUUAAGAAUCCGUGAGUUUCCAGAAUUUUUUUGGCGCCAAAAAAAAUCAAUAAACUAUUUUUCCAGCCGACUCCGAACACCCUUCCACAUUUUAUUGACUUUGACAUGUUUGGCUGAUUUGAUGCAUGUUUGUGGGCAGAUUGUUUUUGUGUAUCAUUUGUUGGCGGAAGGUGAGGAUGCGGAAGCGGAAGCGGAAAGCUUGAAAUUAAAAAUAAACAUUUCUGACGUGACCCAUAUUUUUGAGGCGUGAAAAUUUAUUUUGAAAAUUUUCAUUUUGAAUUUUCUGGAUCAUGUGAGUUCUCAGUGGGAAAUUUUUUAAAAAUCGAUUUUUUGCGCAUAAUUUUUUACUGUAAAUUUUUUUCUGAAAUUGAAAUAUUAAUUUUUUUGCUGGGAAUUUGAAAAGUUCUUGUGCCAAAAUUCAAUUUUUUUUUUCUGGCAGUUGAAAAUCCAAAAUUCAAAAAUAAUCAAGUUCAUCAGGAAAUUCGAAUUAUUCUAUUUUUAUUCAAAAAAAUUGUAUUUAUCCUGAAAUCAAAUUUAAAAAUAAAAACUAGAAAAUCCAAGCUCAAAUUCAAAUUCAUCCGGAAUUUUCCGCGUUUCCGCUUCACAUUCCGCAUCUCCAUCUAUUUUUUUCCAGUCACAAUCCCUCAACCCACAUGUUUCCUCAUCAAUUUUCUACCCAUACUUGGCCUAACUUCAGCCGGACCACUUUUAUUCGAAAUCGGCUUGGAUCGACUUUUCGCCGUCACUUUUCCAUUCAGGUUUCCAUUUUUUUCAUUUUAAGCCCCAAAAUCUGAAAUUUCAGAUAUCGCAACUCUCAAAAUCAACGUUUCCGCUACACGGUAUUUCAUCUGAUGUUCCCGAUAAUUUAUAGUUCCGGAAUACUGUAUUUGGGAUUUUUGGAGAGGGAUUUUGAGUGAGUUUGGAUAACUAGAUGAAGAAAUUUUCACAAUAUGUACUAAUUUAAAAAUUAAUUUUCAGAAAGCAAGUGAGAUGUGCAAUUCCGACGUCAUUGAACGGAGCAUCGUUUAAACUGUUCACUUUGUCGAGUCACGCGAUUUAUGUAUCGAUUAUUUUUGCGUAUUGUUUGACGGGUAUUUUGUUGCGGAUGAGAGAUGCUAGUGAGUUUUGGGAAGCGGAAAGUCGCGGAAGCUUGCGGUGCACACUUUCUUGUCAAUCUACUCUGACAAGCAGCAACGACUAG